AUGGCAACAAAAAGAGAUAUGCGACGGCCAGACUUGGUCGUCCCGUACCAAGAGCCCGCCCCGAAAGGCGAUGGCGCCGAGAUCUCAUCCACCUUAUCUUCCACUUUACCCAUGGCCGCCAUCUUCACCCGCAACCGAUAUAUCGGGUGGGCCUCCGUCGUGCUCAGCAUCCAGAACUGGCUCGGGGAGAGCGAGGAGACUAGCAAGAGCAGCUCCAGCACCCCGGGCUACUUCACCGUCGGCAUGUCCUUGAUGGCUCUCGCCGUUACCUACCUCCCCAUGUUCCUCCCACCGACGCCGGGCCAGCGAGCGACCGGCACCGAGGCUCCCGCCCCCGCUGCCAUAUAAAAACACGGGAUGCUUAAUUUCUAGAGAUGAGCUAUUCUGGGCAUCCGUCGUUGGACUCGGAAAACUGGACUCGGCAGUACGGACUCGGCGGUGAUGGGAAGGAAGAAACGAGCAAUGCAUAAUCGGAACUGUAUGAUCAAUCUAAUGGGGAAGCACGUGUAAAACCUGGAGUGUGCGGUAAUACGGUGGUUUCAACAAAGAAUCCAUAUCAUUGGGAUAUGAA